AUGUCACCGUUUUCCUACAGCCGAAUGGCACCCCCCGUCCGACCAUCUCGUUCACUUGAAGGACUUGAGCGAGUAAUCCCACCAUCGCCUCAAACAUCCUCUAUUCGCUCCGAUCUCUGUCUCAACAAACCGCUUCCCGCGAAACCCCUUCCCGAACACCCAGAAUGUUCGGCUAUGUGGAGUGAUUCCAGCGAUAGUGAAAGUACAUUCGAUAGCAGUUCAAGUGACCGCAACUCAGCAGACAGCUAUCCCAUCUUUGUCAGUUCGGGCUCCGACUUUGAUCUAAUCGAUCCUCCGACUCCGUCCGAUCAACUUGCACUAUCCCCGCAAUCUCAUAAACGCACGGACUCCAUCGAUAUCGAUCUACCAAUUGUCGAGCCCUCAUCAGUCUCGUCUUCAUAUUCCGACACACAAUACGGACGUCCAUCGAAUUGGGCCCCAAAUUCCACAGGCCCAAAUCACUAUUUCCGCGAAAAGAAGUGGGACUAUUUUCCCGAAUUGGCACCCUCCACUCUACAGGGUGGCCUCGGCCAAAAUCUAGUUGCACAGAAUAAAGCUCGGAAAAUGGCCAACCCGCUAGAUUUCGCCAAGGGCAAGUGCCGUUGGCAUUCGCUCGACCGUGGUGGUCUCGGUGGAGUUCGCAACUCGAUCAAGACUUACGUCCACCGCACUCUCUCGCGCGACUCGACAGAAAAUAAACCGAAGCAAAUCCCCCGCCCGGCGACGGCGCCCAUGGACCACCUCUACGAUGUAGGAGGUACACUCGCCAGUACAACCUCGGUACCGCAGCAAUCCUUGGCCUUGAACACAGACCUCGUGCGAGCUACAUCCGUGGCCACAUCCUCGAGCAGUGAGUAUGACUAUACCAACCAUAAAUUUCAUCUUCAAACACCAAUCUCGCCAACAUCGCCUACUUCAAUUCCAACCCCCACAACACCCCGGCCGAAACAACUAGCGGUCCCGCUAUCUGCGUAUCAGAAACAUGGCCCUGUGAUCUGGGAACCACCCAAGAAAUCCAAGCGGAACGUUCAGUUCCCGAGAUACAAGUCUUCGCCUAGUUCUGCAGAGCCAUCUUCAUCUUCGGCUCCUGAUAUAUCUUAUGCACAUGCCGGUCCCGCUUUGUCCCCACUGCGAAAGCAAUCCCAGAGCAAUGCCCGAGGAAUGUUUCUCGGUGCGAAGAAAAGGAUUGCCGAGUCAAAGGAUGAUCGCAGAAGGGAACAGUUGAAGGCUCAGAUCAAGUUGGUUGGGCCUGUCAACCCGCAUACUUACACACAGGCCGAUCCAUGGGUUUGA